CAACGAAUUGUAGCGUCUCAAAUUCUGAAGUCGCCAUUUAACAAAAGGCUUUAACCUGUUGUUAAAAUUAGGAGUUGUAAGAAUUAUGGCUAAGCUAGUCCAAGCGCCACCCAAGUUCACGCCACCAGAAUGGCAUAACUCCAACUUUACAAAGUAUGACAACGCUGAGGGGCAGAGGUCGCGCUCGGAGAGAUUGAUUGAUGAAAGCGCUCGGCUGAUGGAAGAGGUGGAUAAGACCACAAGGAGGAGCCAGAGAGAUGUGAAUAAGAAGAUCGCUCAAAGAUUGGAAGACAUUAACUUCUGGAAGUCUGAGCUUGAGUUAAAACUCACUGAGUUGACCACAGAAAAUGAGACUUUGUUAAAUUAUAAGACUCGCCUGGAAAAGGCACUUGCAGCUUGUGAGGAACCUCUUGCUAUUGCUCAGACUUGCUUGCUUAACAGAGAGCAACGUGUUUCAAUCGAUCUGGUCCAUGAUAACGUGGAGAAGGAGCUUCUAAAAGAAGUAGAAGCAAUACAAGGUGUUGUUGCUCUGCUUGAGAGAACUCAUGAGCAAACAGUUGAACAGAUAAGACUGAACAGAUCUGCCAAGUAUUAUCUUGAGAAAGAUCUAAAGGACAAAGCUAUGGCGCAAAACAUUGAUUCAUUUUGUUCCGAGCUUCACAACAACAGCGCGGGUAUUGGACUUCGUGGGAAUGUAGUUCGUGUCGAAUCACACUCUGUGACCCCGAUAGACUGGGCUGCAUUUAGCGACGCAAACGUUGAAAAGGCUGAGCGUGAACGAAACAGCUCUGUUAACCUUCGUGCCAGCAUUGAUGGGAUACUUAAGCAAACUGCUGAUGACAUGCAUACACAAUGUGCUGCUGUUAACCUGGCUUUUAGAGAGAGAGUGGCGGAAACGAAGAAGGCAAAGAAUAAACUGGAACAGCAUUUGGAUAAGGUCUUGGGUGAAAUAAGCACCAUGGAAAAGAACAUUAUUGAGCUGAACAAGGCAAUAGCUGAUAAGAACGGUCCAAUGAUGGUAUCACAAAGCAGGCUGGGAGAGAGAACACAAAGACCCAAUGUUGAACUAUGCAGAGACCCUGUACAGUACAGACUCAUUGACGAGGUAAAUGAAAUCCAGCGUAGCAUCCAGCAACUGACAAGCACUCUUGCCCAAGCUGAAGCGGAACUUAAAGGACUUAUUAGAAACCAACUUUUAUUGGAAGAAGAUAUUCAGGUUAAAUCGAACUCUCUGUAUAUUGACGAAGUUGAAUGCAUGCGGAUCCGUGAGGCCAUCUCUAUCAACUAUUUCUAAACUACAACACACCACUGACUGUUGGCCAUGCAAUAAACAUGUUGUCACUUUUGUAUAGCUAUAACGUGCACCAAACUACGUUAUAAUUUCCGCUUAAUAAUAUAGCAUUAAUCGGCCUGCAUGGCCUGCCAUACUUAAUAGCGUAACUUUACGUAUGAGAUUUAAAUACGUAUUAGCGUUCGUAUAAGAAGCGCCAGCCUACUUUAUUGCGUUGGAAUUGCAUUGUAAGUAAAAGACAUAUAAGCAUA